AUGAGCGACCGAUCGCACGCGAGUGCGCGCCCUGCGAGCAAGACCCUGCUGAACCUCGGCAACCUGCCGCCGAAGCCCGACUACUUCGCGACAGACGAGGCUGCGUCGUACCCACGCAGCGCGUCGCUCGUCGACCCGAACAACCCGCCGUGGCCCGCGUACCGCGGCUACCACGAGUAUUCGUUCGCGCACGAAACGAUGGGCAAGCGUCUUCCGACGAUCCUCGGCAAGGCCAUCGAGGACGUGUACAAGACGCUGAAUCAGGAGUGGCGCGAGGAGGUCAUUGUCGACCUGCUCCAGUGCAUCGAGCGCAUGACCGGCCUGAUGCGCGAGCUGCAGGCGAACGAGAAGCUGCGCCCGAUCGUCGACGACAACGAGGGCGACGUGACGCUGUGGAACAAGGCGAUCGCGCGCUACUUCCGCGGCGCCGACUUUAUGAGCGCGCCGUGGCUGUUCGCCGAGGCCUACAAGUACCGCCGCCUGCACGAGUGCUUCUCCGUCUCGCGCUACUGGAUGGACUACGACGUGUUCUUCCGCCAAAAGUGCGAUACGUUCGGCCGCUCCGGCACGGCCGUGUUCGAGCUGUCGACGCGCUUCGCCGUGCCGUACGAGAGCAACGUGCCCGCCUCGACGCCCGAGGAACGCCACGACCGCAUGCGCAAGCUCUUCCUCGAGCUCACGCAGAUCUCGCUGUGGGGCAACGCCACGGACCUGUCGCUGCUGAUCAACAUGACCGAGGAAGACAUCAAGAAGAUCCAGUCGACGGGCGGCGAGCACCUCGCAUCGACCGAGCAAAACAUCCUCGGCAACGAUUUGGGCCGCCUGUGGGACUUGGUCAGCCACAUGCGCGGCGGCCGCAUCGACUUUGUGCUCGACAAUGCCGGCUUCGAGCUGUACUGCGACUGCGUCUACGCCGACUGGCUCAUCCAGGCCGGCAUCGCGAACGAAGUGCACUUCCACGGCAAGCGCCUCCCCUGGUUCGUCUCGGACGUCACGCGCAAGGACUGGAGUUGGCUCCUCAACACCAUGACGUACGGUCACCUCUUCGAAGGCGCCACCGACAAGGAAAUCGAGUCCCUGCGCACACUCGGCAAGCGCUGGAAGCAGUACGAAAAAGAGGGCAAGUGGGUGUACGAGCAGCACCCCUUCUGGUGCACCGGCUACACGUUCUGGGAGCUGCCCGCCGAGGCGCCCGACCUGUUCCACUACCUGUGCGAGAGCGACCUCGUGCUGUUCAAGGGCGAUCUGAACCACCGCAAGCUCACGUACGAUUGCCAGGCGCCCACAUCGACGCCCUUCGCCCAGGCCAUCGGCCCCAUGGCCCAGGAGCCCGGCGCGCCGCCCGUCGCGUCGCUGCGCACGAUCAAGUCGGACGUCGUCGUCGGCGUGCCGCUCCAGGUCUCCGAGCGCCUCGACGCCGAAGAGCCCGGCUGGCGCAUCUCAGGCAAGUACGCCGUCGUGCUCCUCAGCGACGGCUCACCCGUCAGCUAG